AUGGAGCAAGAACAACCCACAUAUGUCGUUCCGGUUAGUGAGUCCGAAGCUCCGACCAUUUGCACGCCAUCGGUAACCUCAGACAACACAACGAAGGACAUUCAAAGAUGCGAAGCUUCACAAUCUUCUGCUCCUUGGCCCGGCCGUACCUUUAUAAUUCGAUCUCACGAGAACGGACAAGUCAUCACAUUCCUGGACGGCAAAAUCGUACUAGACAAACCGGGAGGUCUCGGCACGUUCAGAUGGCGGUGCGUUGAGAAGAAAGGAUGGCUAGGGUUUCGAGACCCAGCCUCUGCUAGAUUUCUAGGCUACGACCAACAUGGAUAUCUUCGCUGUCUUGUAGACCACCAUAAGGACUGGGAAUACAUUUGUCCGCGAAAACGACCAGAAGGUGGAUAUGUUCUGUUGGUGCUGGUUGAAGAGGAACUCCUUCCUUUAGGUGUACAAACACAAGAGACAGAGAACGGUGCGGAACAAAAGGUAAAGAUUGUUAAAUGGGAUUCUGAAGGAAUAGUCUGGGAUUUCAUUGAGGUAUCAUGUCCUUCGACGUAA